AAACAACCUGAAUGAACCGAUCUUUCGCCGAGAUGAAAUCCGCAAUCAUCAUCCUCAUACUCAUCGUCUUGGUUGCAGCUGCACCAAAGAGAACCAAACUGGGUUAUCGCAACUUAUACAAAGAACCGGUCGUACCUAUCGUGGAUAAGCCAAACCCUAGAAUUAUCGGAGGCCAGGAAGCCGUCCCUCACUCUAUCCCCUAUCAAGCUUUCAUCGAAAUAUACACGUAUGAAGACGGGUGGUACUGCGGUGGUUCUCUUUUAACUCCAAACUACGUGGUAACGGCUGCACAUUGCGGUCUUGAUGGUGAAGAAGCCUAUGUAACUCUAGGAGCCCACAAUAUUAUAAAUUAUGAAGAUACACAAAUUGAAGAUCACACUACAGACAUCACAAUCCAUGCAGAGUACGACGGAGAGAAAUUCAUUAAUGAUAUUGGGGUGAUACGUCUGUCACAACCGGUUACUCUAACUGAAGCUAUCACGACAGUUAAGUUGCCUGCAGCUGAUGCUGGGGAUUUUUCUAAAACAACUGGGAGAGCUAGCGGCUGGGGUGUCACGGUUGGUAGUAGUACCGACUUAUCGGAAGUACUUAUGUACGUUGACUUGGAAGUAAUUACUAAAGAAAAAUGCGAAGAAGGCUUCGGGGACUUGCUUGAUGGUCCACUUCUUGAUUCAAUCGUGUGUACUUCUGGACAAGACAAUACGGGAGUUUGUAGUGGCGAUUCUGGUGGACCGUUGAUUGUUGAUGGUACUCUUGUUGGUAUUACGUCGUUUGGCGUUCGUGAUUGUCCAUUUGGGUACCCCUCAGCGUACACAAGGGUUACAAGCUUUCUUGAUUGGUUAGCUGAGAACAGUGAUGUUACUUUGCAAUAAAAAUAAAAAUGUUUUUUCUUU